AUGGCAAAUAUUAAAGCGUACGCCACAAACUGCGAUCUGAGUUACAGAAACAUGCGAAAUGUGUAUGAACUUGCAGGUAAACCUAGCGAAAAUCCAAACUUAACUUCACAAGAGCAAGUUGGUUUCAUGGUUCGAUUUAAGGAUAUAGAACGGUUUAGGCAACAAUUCGAGGAGGCUUUUGCUAUUCUUAUAUCUAGUACUGAGUCUGUAAGUGACAAAUCUCGUGAGGAGUUGGAAAACAGAUAUUCAACUUUUAUGGAUAUGUUUUAUUCUGUUCAAGUUUUGCAUAGUUCAAUACAAACAAAGAGUAACAAUGCCAGUGGUUUUCAACACUCAUCAUCUAAAUCUGAACCUGCCUUUCAGCUUCCCAAGAUAUCUCUAAAUAGAACUCAUCAUAUUUCAAAAUGCAUUUCACAAAGUGUAUGCAGAGUAUGUCGUGGCCGACACCAUACAAAGCUACACAUCUCAUCCGAUCAACUGAAACCUUACCCAAAAGAUAAUGAAGUUGCUGUGUCGAUAGUGGGUUCCAUAGCUCAACUUCAAUCUAUCCAUGGUGUUGAAUGUAAAUCCACUAUGAUUUUGGGUACUGCUAUUGUCAGUGUACGAGAUGUCAAUGGAUAUUACCAUUCAGCUCGUGCUCUCAUCGACAAUGGUUCUCAGGUUUCAAUUGUAACUGAAAAUCUUGCACAACAACUUAGACUGCCACGUUCACCGUCUAGCAGUGUUCUUGGUUUAGGUGCUUCAUCAGCUCAGCAUAGUCGGGGAAUGAUACACUGCAACAUAAAAUCUUUUAUGGAUCCUACCAAGACCAUAUCAACUAAUUGUAUCAUCCUAAAAUGCAUAACAGGUAAUCUCCCAUCAGUUAUGGUAAAUAAAAGCAUUUUAGAUAAAUGUAAAAACUUAGUCUUGGCUGAUAACAACUUCUCAAUGCCGGGAAAAAUAGAUGUUCUUUUAGGUGUUGACUGUUUUAAUAAAAUUAUUGAUGGUGAACAACGUAGCCUGGGUGAAGACAUGCCCACUGCGUAUUCAUCCAUCUUAGGUUGGAUCAUCAUGGGCAAGGCUCCUACAGCAUCGCAGCAGACUUGUGGUGUGGUCUCCAUGGCCUGUACCACAGAUAUUAAUUUUAACCUUUCAAGGUUCUGGGAAUCUGAGGAACCUCCCAGUCAACCUAUACAAGAUCCUGAAAACAUUAUUUGUGAAAAACACUUCACUAACACUCACACAAGGGAUAGCACUGGUCGUUUCAUUGUGCGGUUACCUUUCAAAGUGGAUCAUAAGCCUUUGGGUGAAACACACACCACCGCCUUAAAGCGAUUUCAUAAUUUGGAGCGUCGCAUGCUUAAGGAUGAGAAGUUGCAUGAACUUUAUGUUGCCUUCAUGAAGGAUUACGUUGAAGCUGGCCAUAUGCGUCAAGUGUCAGGUCCAGUAUCAAGUGACCGAUAUUAUAUUCCUCAUCAUGGUGUUGUACGUGAACACAGUAGUACCAUAAAACUUCGUGCUGUAUAUGAUGCAUCAGCCUCUAGCUCUACAGGUGUUUCACUUAAUCAGGUACUUAUCAUGCAUGAUGACGACUGCAGAUACCAAAUUAUCUUCUGGCGCGCUUCUCCUGCUGAACCCUUGAAGCAGUACGAGUUAACUACCGUAACAUACGGCAUCACGAGCUCUGCUUAUCAAGCUAUUCGCGUCAUUCACGAGUUAGCUCAUUUAAAUACUAGCCAAUAUGCUGAGGCUUUUAGGGUGUUGCUAGCAGAUACAUUCGUAGAUGAUAUAGUUAGUGGGUCUCAUUGUCUUGAUUCUGCUCAGCAAUUGCAGCAAAAUCUGGUUGCCAUUCUCUCUCAAGGCGGUUUCGAUUUGCGCAAGUGGUCAAGCAACUCAAAGGAGUUCUUGGAAUCUUUCACAUCCGAUCAUUGCGAGCCACCAUACCGUUUCGAGGAGCAGGGUGACAACAUCUUCAAAAUUCUGGGCAUCGAAUGGAACGCAAAAACGGAUAGCUUCACCUAUCAUGUCUCAAACAUGAGAAAUGUCAUGACCAUGCGUGACGUUUUGUCUAACAUCGCGAGACUUUACGAUCCAUGUGGAUUUUUAGCUCCUGUCACUUUCUACGCCAAGCACCUUAUGCAACAGCUGUGGUCAACACAAAAGAGUUGGGACGAUCCACUUCCCCCUGCUAUACAAAAAUCUUGGUCGGAAUUAAUUGCAGAUUUUCCUCAUCUUAAUAAAGUAUCUAUAUCACGUUAUGUUAUCACUCAUCAACCAUUUGUAUGUCAAUUGCACGGUUUCAGUGAUGCGUCCGAGCGCGAGUAA